AUGUCUGAUCAAUGGGAAGUUGUUACCAAGUCCCGCAAACAAAAAAAUCUGGAUAAAAAAGUUACUGCACAUACGGAACAGAAGCGUAUUGCAGCUCAGAUGCCAAAGCUGGAGGAACUCUUGCCAACCCAGCAAUAUCGCAAUUUAUUCGGAUCUACCAACAACAACAGCAUAUCGAAUUCGCCUGCCAAGUCUAGUUCGAGUGCCUCAUCAUCGAAAAACAAGUCGCCGAUCAAGAAAAACGCCAUAAAAACAGUUGGGUCUGGAGGCAAUAGUGGAGGCGGAUCAACCAAGAAACAGAUGCCGGCACCUCUGGCUAAGCCGAAAACACUAGAACAGGCCCUCAAGCAUAUAACUCCGGAUGAUUUUGCUGCUCAGCUGACGCAAGUGAAAUUAAGCUGUCCUGGCUCUGAGUUGCGAUGGCUUAGUCAUAUUGCCCUUUAUUUCAAUGGAGCCCUGUCCUACGACUGUGAUCCCGUAUUCUCUGGACGUUCUGCUCAGUAUCCUAGUAAUCUGGCGAGUGCUGCUCUCAAGAAAUCAGUAGUAGAAUUCCUUAGUAGCGUAGGCGAGUCAAAUCUAGAGUAUUUUUUUUACUCUCUAUUAGAUGGUAUGACUACGGAUCUUAACAAUAACCAGACGGUGGUUGGCUACAAGUUUAUGCUACAGUUAAUAGGUCAGAAUUGGCCGAGUAUUUGCUCUAAAAACUUUGCCAAGACCGCUUUACUGAGAAACUCCUAUCAAAAUAGGAGCAGCAUUUGCUUAAGUAUUUUGUGGGCCAUCGGACAGGGCGGUUAUAGAUCACUGAAUGAGGGAGUUAAGGUCUGGCAGAAUUUAAUGUUACCCAAUUUGGAACUGAAAACCUACUCAAAGUUUGUAGUAGAUUACAUAGAAAGGGUCCUUAACGCAGCCGCUGUAGGCACCUCGGAGGAUAUAUUGCUGCUUAAUCAGAAUGAAUUUUUCGCCACCUAUAACGCACUGAAUGCUACCUAUAAUAAUCUACCCAAGGAGCUCCAGCAAAGCCUGAAGCGGAGUGCAAGUCAGUUGCUGCAAAAGUACAUUUCCAGCCCGGUUAAGCAUGCGAAUAUCUUCCUGACGCUUUUCCGCGACAUAACGACUGUAAAUAAGCCAAUCAACGAAAUUGAAGGAUGCAUUAGUUGCCUUCUCAGCAGCGGUGGGGAUGAUUGCCUGAAAGUUUGGCGAAUGAACUACAAAAAGCAGCAGUUAGCCAGCUUAUUGCUACUACAAGCUAUAGACAAAGACUGGGAGACAUCUACUAAUUUACUUGCAAAAUCACCAGUAUAUCACACUUUUCUACAUGAUUUGCGUCUUUUAAACGAAGAGCUACAGUCAAGCAAACGGAGAGAAAGCUGCCUUGAUGAAUUAAUAGAAGUUUUAGUGACUGUUCAGGAAAAAAGCAGCGCACAGCAAAAGAAGAACAAACAAAAUUCUGCGACACAGAAGAAGAAAUGUGGCUGCUGUAAGUGGACUUUGGGUAGUAUUUUCAUCAUUGCACUGAUUGCUGGCGCUCUCUGCUAUGAUACCGAGGUCAAUGGCAAGGGGGUGUUUGAGAAAUCAGCCACUGGCAAAGUACUGAAAAACGCUGGAGUUUUGCCACAUGUCCAGAGGGCCUGGUAUGUCACCAUGGGAGCAAGCGCCCGGGGCUAUAAAUGGGCGGAGGAACAUGUCCCACCGUAUGCCGAACCAGCAAUUAAGACUUCUGUAGAUCUGUGGAAGCUGGCGAGGAAUGCAGCAUACAAUAUCAUACAAUCCGGCAAGGGAUACUUCAAUACCAAGUGGCCCGUGCUUGCCAAGUUUAUUGAUCAAUAUGUGCCCAAUUUGUCAAGUAAACUUGAGGCUUUCGUUUCGGGCGCUUGUGAUUUGGCCAACAAUAGCUACGAAAAGUCUGCCGCGCUAAUCAAGGAAAAGAUUCUGAUUGGCCGCUUCUCACCAGAAAACAUCAAUCAGGCGCUGAAUCAGACGCGCAAUGUGGCUUUGGAAUACUACAAUCAGUUUCACAAAAAGGUUGAUGCCUAUGCCAAGCUUAAAUGAUUCUAAGCGUCAGGCACGCUUGGAAAACAUUCUACGAGUAAUACCAUCCGAAGAAUAAACAAGAACACGUCAUAGUCAAUAUUGAAGGAACCACAAUUAUUUGGCAAUUAGUUAAAAAGAAUUAAUUUGUUUUAAAUAAGUAUAAAUCUCAACUCCUACCAUCUCUAAACAUCAACAUUUCGUCAACAUGGACUAGUAAAAAAGCAAUACGAGCAAAUUAUGGUGGAUGCCAAGAAAGAACCGAUAUAUCAAAAACCCGAUAAAA